AUGAGUUGCCUUAGUUGGAACUGUCGUGGGCUAGGCGGCCUAGAGACGGUUCGGUUGUUAACGAACUUGGUCCGUGAAAAAAAGCCCGAAGUUAUUUUCUUAAUUGAAACUUUUUGUACUUCUGCUAGAAUUUCUGAAAUUGCCAAUAAAUUGAAUUACGAAGGUUCUUAUGGUGUGAACUGUCGGGGUCAUAGUGCUGGGUUGGGCCUGAUUUGGAGAUGUAAAGAUAAAGUUACUAUUCUGGGCUCUCAUGACCGAUACAUUGAUGCUAUUGUUACUCUUGAAAACCAGCGCAUGUUUAGACUAACAGGCUUCUAUGGUCUAGCAAAUAGAUCGCAGCGCUCUUCCUCCUGGGAAAUUCUCCGAAAUCUCCAUGCUGCUCAUUCUCUUCCUUGGUGUGUUAUAGGUGAUUUCAACGAGUUGAUGCAUCAAUCUGAAAAAUGUGGAAAUCAUCCUCACCCUGGUUCUUUGAUUGAAGCUUUUCGCCAAGUAGUUACGAAUUGUGGUCUUUCUGAUUUGGGGUAUGUGGGUUAUGCGUAUACUUGGGAAAGAGGUAGGGGAACUACUCGGUGGGUGGAGGAGAGGUUGGAUAGGGCUUUAGUCUCUGCGGAUUGGAAACACUUGUUUCACCAGUCACGUCUUAUUCAUCUCUUUGUUUCUACGUCCGACCAUCUCCCUGUUCUUUUGGAAUUAAGGAAGUUUGUGCCUCGUCAAAGCUUGAGACGUUUUAAGUAUGAAAAUUCUUGGUCCCUGGAGCCGCAGUGUGUUGAGGUUGUUAGGCAGUCUUGGGGCCCUAAUGGAGAUUCGGAUGUGAUGUCCAAAUUGGUUCGGUGUAGCAAGGAUUUAGAAGAUUGGGGUAAGAGACUACGAUUGAAGUGGAAAUCCAGGAUUAAGGAGUUGAAAAAUCAGAUUAAGGUUCUCAAAUGGGCAGGGGCUUCUGGGGAUGUCGCACUGCUUAACCAUGCUGAAUAUGAAUUAAAUCUGGUUCUUCGGCAAGAAGAGGAAUAUUGGAAACAAAGGGCCAAAUUGUUUUGGUUGAAGGUUGGGGAUUCCAAUAGUAGAGCCUUCCAUUUAGCCGCAUCAAAACGUCGAAGCCGUAAUACUAUUGCAAAUUUAAGAGGCGAGGAUGGUCAGAUGCCUUUUGCUGUUGAGGAAGUGAAGGAUGCUCUUUUCGCCAUGCAUCCGGAUAAGUCUCCGGGUAAUGAUGGAUUUAGUCCGGGUUUUUACCAACGACACUGGGAGAUUGUAGGCGAGGAUGUCGCGAAUGCUUGUAUCGGGUGGCUGAAUGAUGGUAUGUUCCCAGAUUCUCUAACCCGUACUAAUAUCGUUCUUAUACCUAAAAAAUCAGAGGUUAUUAGUAUGACUGAUCUUCGGCCUAUAUCAUUGUGUAACGUGAUUUUUAAGAUUGCUUCUAAGCUUCUGACAAACAGAUUGAAGAAAGUUUUAGAUGGCGUUGUCUCGGAGGCACAAAGCGCUUUUGUUCCUAGGCGUUCGAUUAUAGACAAUAUCCUUAUUGCUCAUGAAGUUUUGCAUUUCUUGAAGCGUAAACGGGAAAGACGAAUUGGAUAUGCUGCUCUUAAAAUCGAUAUAUCCAAGGCGCAUGACAAACUGGAAUGGAAUUAUUUGUUUGCUGUUUUGGAAGCGAUGGGGUUUAGUUCAAAAUGGCUGGAAUGGAUGAGAAUGUGUGUAUGUACUGUUUCUUACAAAGUUGUUUUUGGUGGUGAAUUACUGGGUCCUAUCUACCCAACGAGAGGAUUGCGCCAAGGAGACCCUUUGUCUCCAUAUCUUUUUAUUUUGGCGGCUGAAGGGUUGUCAGCUCUUUUGAAACAGGGUGAGCAUUGUGGUGUUCUUCAUGGUUGUAGUGUGGCGAGAGGAGCCCCAACGGUUUCGCAUUUAUUUUUCGCCGACGAUUCGUACCUGUUUUUUAAAGCAACCGAAAGUGAAAGCCGGAGCUUGAAGCAGAUUUUGUUGCGAUAUCAGAAUUUAUCAGGUCAAGAGAUUAAUCUGAAUAAGUCUGCUCUUACUUUUAUUCGCAACACUGAUGAUGUUGUUAAACGUGGUAUCUGUUCGAUACUACAAGUUAAGGAACAAGCUGAUCCCGGUAUUUAUUUGGGUAUGCCAGCUGUGGUGGGGAAAAAUAAACAGCAGCUUUUUGAAUUUGUAAGGCGUAAAGUGUGGAACAGAAUACAGAAUUGGAAUGGUCGCCAUUUGUCGAGAGCUAGAAAGGAAAUUUGCUUGAAAACGGUAGCUCAAUCUAUUCCGACUUAUGUUAUGCAAUUGCUUUUACUUCCUAAAGACCUCUGUCGGGAUAUUGAGUCUAUGAUGAAUGGCUUCUUUUGGGAUUCUAAUCCUCAGCGUAGAAGUAUCAGAUGGAUGUCCUAG